GCGUUUUAUCAACAUGGUGGCUGUGGAGAAGUGCGAGUUCCUGUCAUUGCAGCGUAGUUUAGGGUCCUGAUAUUAGAGAUGGGAGUAGAAAAUUUGUCAGGACAAUAUGUUCGAGCUGUUUAUCCUUUUGAAACGAACCAUCCAAGGGAGAUAAGUCUAUCUAAGGGUGACAUUAUUAGAGUGACUAGUGUGAUUGAUGAUAACUGGUACUGCGGACAGUUAAGAGGGAAGGAGGGGAACUUUCCCUCCAGCUUUGUGGAGGUUCUUAACCUGCCCGCAGUAGAGGAGGGACAGAUAUUGUUUGGUGCUAUAGAAAACUUUCCUGCUCAGCAAGAUGGAGAUCUGGAGUUUAGAAAAGGUGCUAUUAUCAUGGGGACACAUCAGAUUGAUGCCAACUGGUGGCAAGGACAACUGGGGUCUCAUAAGGGGAUUUUUCCAGUCACACAUGUCAUGGAGCUGGAACUCCCACCCUCCCUCAAGGAACGGAGUCACAGUGUCCACUCAACAGAGCCUCUGUUUGCCUUGGCGCUGUGUGACUCAGUCGCUCAGCUUGAUGAAGAACUCGGGUUUAAGACUGGUGAUAUCAUUACUGUGACUGAGAUUCUAGAUUCGGAUUGGUAUUAUGGGGAGCUCGGUCGUAAGAAAGGGAUGUUCCUUUCUUCUUGUGUGGAAUUGAUACAAGAUACAUCACCAGGUAGCGGGUCAAUACAUCAUCAGCCCACUAAAAAAUCCAGUUCCACAAUUCAGAAAUCUUUCUCACUGGAUCAGUCUUAUUAUAGUAGUGUUAGUGAUGGACAGCCUUCUGAAGUUGAUGAUAGCCAAUCAGGAUCAUCCAAUGUGCCAAAUAACCAAUCACAGUUAACAAUACCAGAUCAAAGUGCUGCCUACACCAGCGAGAACACAAAGAGUUUGGACUCUUCUGUUAGUCCAUAUGCCAUGACAUUGUACAAGUUUGAAGGACAGUCUGACAAUGAACUUUCUUUUGAUGCCAAUGAGAUUGUGUACCUUAUCCAGCAUGUAGACGACCAGUGGACAGAGGGGGAGAUUGAUGGGAGGAUUGGACUGUUCCCCACAUGCUUUGUCUCCAUUAUUGUUGAUUGUCCAUAUGCUUUCUCUGGGAAUGAGGCAAUAAAUAGAACAAAAAUAAAUGCUUCUGAAGAAGAAAGGACAAGAGAUUACCAUGAAGAACAAUUAAAAAAUGACCAAGAGGUGAAAAAUAAAGAUCUAGAUAUAAAUGAGAAUCAGAAUUGUUCAACAAUGAAAGAUAGAUUGAACAUCAGUGAUGGCAGUGUUGAUGAAGUUGAACAACAUGAGAGCAGGGACCAGUAUGCACUUGUUUUGUUUUCCUUCUCUGCAGAAACAGACCAGGAUCUUACCGUAACAGAAGGGGAUACAGUUAAGAUUUUAGAAUAUCUAAAUACCGAGUGGGUGAGGGCAUUAAAUGAGAAUUCUGGGAAGUCUGGACUGGUUCCCACUGUCUUCCUUGACAUAAUUGAUGAUAGUCCUAUACAGUCUCCAGCUGCUGAUUACAGAAAUCAUGAACUUAAAGAUAAAAUGAGUGUAAUUAUUAAUGAUAAAGAGGAACUGAGUGUUGAACCUCAGGGACUUGUAACACCACCUAUUGAUAAAGUGAAAACGGAGAUUGAUGACAGAAAUUUAUCAUUUUCACUUGUAAAGCCAGGUGUACCAAUAAGUGACCAUGUGACUGAACAUAGGGAAAACAAUAUAGCUCAAGAAACAUCCCAACAAAACAUACACAGAAGUAAUAUUAAAGAGAAGAGUGGGACCCAAAGCAUAAAUUUUACUUUGGAACAAAAACCAGUAUUACCAGUUAAACCUCAGAUUAACCCUAAACCUGUAAUGAAGCCUAAACCAAGCCUUUCACCCAAACCCAAUCUGCCAAACAAAAUGAGAUUACAACCUGUAAAAGAAACCGAAGAUGGCGAGGCUUCAAUGGCCAAGUCAUCAUCUGCUCAAGUUCUUCACAGCCAUGAUGAAUCGAACAGUACAUUACAAAAAUCUCUGUCCACAAAUGAACUGUCUAGUUCAGCAUCAGAUAUGAAAACUGAAAGUAGGAGAGCUACAUUUUCUUUCGGUGAUGUAGAUACAUCAAAAUCUUUAAAUGACUUAAUAUCAGGUGAACUUUCCAAAGCAAAAAAUGAUGUGAAAACUGAUGAUGCCAAAGAGAAACUAGGCAAUAAAUCAGCUCACCCAGCCAAGCCAAUACUUAAGAGAGAUCAAGUCAGUAACAAGUCUUCUAGUUCUUCAAAUUUGAUUAAAACAACAGAUCCAAAGAGACACUCUGUAAAUUUUCCAAUACAAGACACUACACAUCAAAGAAUGAUUGCUAAUGAUGAUUUCCAUGGUAAAUUCUCAACAGGAAAUUCUGUUUUCUUUGUGGACCCAGUUCCAUCCAAAAAAAGUUACCCAUCAAUGAGAAAACCUCCUCCUAUUCCACAAAGGUCAUUUGAACAGAGCUUUCAGUUUGACCGUACACCCUCCCUUAAGAAAGACCCCCCACCCCGCCCCAAUGGCCCCAGACUGGCAUCUGCCCCUCCAACUGUUCCUUUAAUUCCUGUUAAAGUGACUGAUCCUAAUCAUAUGAACCAAAAUGGUCAAAUACCAAGGACAAGACCAUCCAGACCUGCCCCUUCAUGUCCAAUUCCCUCAAGACCCGCACCAACACGACCAAUGCCAACCAGACCUGCCCCAACCAGACCACAGAUGUCAUCUACCAAGCCAGCUCAGCAGGGACCAGAGGAGGGACUAAUUGUUCUGGAGGAUACAUUUAAAGCUGAGGCUCAUUCAGUGGCUGUGGCAGACCUCAGAAAAAAGAUUAAAGACCUAGAAAUGGAUGUGGAAAACUGCGAGAAAUCUAGGACUGAGUUAGAAAGAACACGACAAGGAAGUGAAGAUAAUGAGGAGAUUAAAGAAAAUAUUGAGUUUUACACAGACAACAUUAGUGGUCUUAAUGCUGAGUUGAGUGAACUCAGGAAAAAUCUGGUGGAGCUGUGUCCUGAGGAGGGAGAUUUAGAGGCUCAGAGAGAGGCUGAGAGGAAGAGGAAGGAGGAGGAGGAAAGACAGUGGGAGGAGGAGAAGAGGAGAGCUGAGGAGAUGAGAGAGAAGCGAAGAGAAAAGCGAGGGAAGGUGAUAGAGGAACUGAUACAGACAGAGAAAGACUUCCAACACAGUCUGGGUCUGUGUAUAGAGACAUUCCUGUCUCCUGCUGCAGAGAGGCACCCUGAGGUAGAUCUGUCUGUGUUAAUGGGGAACAUUGAGGAUGUGGCAGACAUAUCACAGAGAUUACUGAGUGCUCUGGAGGGGGCUGUACAGGGGAAAGACUUUGAGGAGGAGGUCAUAGGUGUGUGUUUUGUGGUGCUAUCAGAAGACAUGAAAACUGCCUUUGCUCCAUACUGCCGUAACCAUGAUGAAGUGAUCACACUGCUAGAGAAGUAUGAGGAAAGUGAGUCCAUCAUGGGGUACAUAAACAAGAUGUUGGACAAACUUCGACAGAAGACGGUGGUGUUUGAUCUUGGUGCCCUCCUUAUUAAACCAGUCCAGAGGAUCCUCAAGUAUCCACUGCUGCUUAACGAACUCUUCAAGGCAACAGAGGAUGACCAUCCAGACAAGAAAGAAAUUCUGACUGCCAUCAACGCCAUGACUGAUGUAGCAUCAGCCAUCAAUGAAUACAAACGCAGAAAGGACUUAGUGUUCAAAUAUAAGAAAGUUUCAGAUGAGUCUUUUGGAGACAAACUUGCCAAGCUGAGCUUCCACACUAUAAAGAAAAAAGGCAGCAGGUUCAAAGGUCGAAUUAGUACAAAUCUGGGACUUCUGCUGAUAAAGGAUGAUGACUUUGACAAAGAAGAGCUAAAGUUUAGACAACUGGAGAAGAUGGUGAAAGUCUUUAUAAGAAAUACACAGAUAUAUAUGGACCACUUACAGGAGUCUGUGUCCUGUCAUGAGUGCAUGGUGGCUGACCUGGCAGAUUUUUACGAUGAUCGACAGAGUAAUGCAGAGAUGCAGAAAUACCAGGAGGCCCAGGAAAAUCUGGAUAGAAAGCAUCUUCCCCUGUUUCAAGAGACAGUUAGGGACCUGGUGACCUCCCCUUUGAACAGACUGAUGUCCCUGUUUGAGGCCCCUAACAAAGUGAUACAGAAAAGGUUUGACAAACUGCUGGACUAUGACUCCAUGCAGAGGAAAGUCACUGAUGGAAGGAUGCCAGAGAAAGCCCUGCAGCCAGUUAAGAGUGACUACGAGGGACUGAAUGCCCAGCUUCUGGACGAGCUUCCUAAGCUGUAUAGCUUAUCCCUCCAUCUCCUACAGGACUGUAUUGCAGCUUUUGUCCAAGCUCAGAGAGAGUACAUCAACCAGAGAUCUCUCCAGCUGUCCGAUACCCUGGAUCUUCCAUCCCUGCUCUCUUCCACUGACAACCUGAUGGAGAACUUCAACAUCGGACAUGUUGCUGUGGUGGACAAGAUGUCCUGUCUUAGCUUUAUACCUAAAGGAUUUAACCCUAAAGUGGAUGCUCUGAAACAACCAGACAAAAAAGGGAAAAGGCCAUCCCUAGUUGAGGAAAUGGCCAGUUCUCAGGCUCAGAGUCAGAAAGUGUACCUUCAGCAAAAGUUCCCAGCAGAAAAACUAUACAGGGUGUUACAAAAUUACACUGCCAGUGAUCUGAUGGACCUUUCCCUCAAUGCUGGGGAUCUGGUGGGUGUUGUUCAAGACAAGGAUCCCAUGGGGAACAAGGACAGGUGGUUUGUGGACAAUGGAGCUGCUAAAGGGUUUAUACCCUCACGACUCCUCCAGUCUUAUCAGUCCUCAGAUGUCACAGUCAGUGAAGAAGCCAAUCAGAUUUAUCCUAACAUCCCUGUACCAACAUCACCUCUGUCACCCACUGUGAUUGGUCAAAGACAACGUCUGACCUCUACUGGAAGUCAAGGGUCAACAAGUUCAUGUGCAGUCAAUUAUCAAAGUUCAACCUCAGUGGAUGGUGGUCAGUUAUCAUCUCAGAGGUCACCAAAGCAAUCUACACUGAUCAGUCAGAAAAGCCUAAGCAAAGAGUUAGAUGAACUUUUAGAUGAAGACAUGACCCCUGACCUACCUACAGUAGAGGAUUCUAUCAAGCAUGAAUGUGAAGAGUUUUACUAUGCUGAGUAUGCCUUCCAGUCCCGUGCAGCCAAUGAAGUGAGUUUGUUUGAGGGACAGGUUGUGACUGUGUACGUCAAACAUGAUGAACAGGGUAACAGUGAGUGGUGGUAUGUAGAUGCUGAUGGGGUCAAAGGUUAUGUUCCAUCUAAUUACUUACAAUGCUUAGCCCGAGCUCUGGGAUACCCUGUGGAUCUCUUUAAGAAGAAUGUCAAUGGGGCAGAGUUGGUCAUUGAAGAACAUGGCCUUAGUCUCAAGGAGGCAUACAAGAUGGUGGACCAUCGAUUGCUGGAGAGGGCACUCCACAGAACCUGUAACCUCCACUCCGGAGACUGGAACAUGAAUGUUGUCAGAAAAAGUCUCUACUUCCUAAGUCAUUCAGCCAUCACGUUUGAGGAGCUUUAUAACAUCAGAGUGGCCUACCAGGCAUUUGAACAGUUUGACAUGAAGGGACUGUUGAUUGACCAGGAGAUUCUACUCAGCAGUAUUAAGAUGUGUGGUCGAUCCAUUGCUCCAAUGAAGCUAAUGCACAGAUUAAAGCAUAUGAAGGUUCAUUUUGAAGACAAAACUCGCAUCCAGUUAUCUGAGUACCUUGAGCUUAUCUUGUGGUGUGGGACUUAUAAAGACUACAAACCAGAGGAUGGUACAGCACCCCAGGGGAAGGACAAAGAUCUCUAUAAGCUGGCUGACUUUGAACAGCUCCUUUCACACUAUGAUGCCCGUCUUGCCAAGAAACUGAAUGAUGAAUACCUCAAAGAGGAAUGGGACUUUGGAAAGGAAAACCUCGGGAGUAAGAAGAUGUUCAAGGAACCCCCCAUUAUCUGUGCUCAGGAAAGAAUGGACAUGGCCAGAAAACAGAGAAAGCUCUACAAACAUCUGAAAAAAGAAAUUGGAAACUCGCAGAAUAUGGUUUACCGAGUGAAAGCCGGUUUUGUAAGGGACCGACCGCUGACAGCACCUGAUUUAUCUAUGUACCAGAGGAGCCAGAAAAUGAAAGAGAAACCGGAGAUGACAACCAAAUCUGCGUAUGACAAGAUAACACAUCGGAUUAACAGUGCCAGAUCACGAUCAGGUGGAGAGGACAGUCCCCUGUGUGAUACCUCAGAUUGUCCUCAGUAUGUCCGUCCCCCAGAGAAAACAGUCACACCCAUUGUCUCCGAGGAGGAAAUUCAGGAGACUCAGCUCAAGAAAGACAACCUGGUGUUUGAUAUAGAAACUGUGGAAAAAAGACAUAGACUUCAAAUGGAACAGACACUGGAUUACUAUAUUCCUGGCAUUAUUGAGAAAAUAGCUAAGAAAGAAGCUGAAGAACCACAUGUUGUUGUGGAGGAUAAACCCAGCAGUCCGAGGAGGAAGACAACCAGUGAAGAAACCAUCAAUCACUUAGCUUACCCAGAAUCCCACAAUAAUCAGUGUCACUCAAAGGCUUGUGAUGCAAGGUAUCGUGGAUGGCAUGAGGUGCAAACCAAGAAAGGGGGACAUUUCAUUCUAACUUCCCCAACAUUUGAGAAUUCUUACCAAGGCAGGCUUCAUAAGAAAUUACACUUGAGAACAAAAGUACAAGCGAAAAAAGUCACCUCUGAAUUUGCAUAUCGAUACACAAAAUCAAGUGAAGUUAAAAAGAGGAUUCAGGUUUCAGCCAGCCGUCCUAACACUGCCCCUGCUGUCAUGCAGAAUUCUGUGGAAGUAGAGGAACAGGAGGAAAUCUCUGAAGAAAAGGACCUCUAUCACACAGAAUCUAUACUUACUGUCGACACAGGUUAUGAAUCUUGUGAAGAUAAAAGUCUUCCCAGCUCCAAGGCUAGUCUCACUCCUUCACAAGCUUGGGGUAGUGAGGGGGACAGCAUUGUAUCUAAGAGUCCUAUUGAAUCCCACCUUCCACCUGAGGCUGAAAAUGAGGAAAUGUUUGUUACCUCCAGGAGUACAGAAGAUUAUGACAUGAUUCAGCUAAAACCAAAUGAAAGGGACCAAGUUUCACCUACCAGAAAGGUUCAAGAUACAAGUGAGAGAGUUAGCAGUGUCUCUCUAGAUAGUGCUAAAAUUCUAGUAGUGCCAAAGAAAGAGAAAAUUUCCAUAGACUCUGCACCCAUUCCACAAAUGCAGCAUUCAAAGCCAAAAGUGGUGGCUGUGGGAGGAAUAGGAAAGAUAUCCCUGCUGGAGAGUAUAUCUGAACUGAAACAGUGGGAGGAAGAGACAGAAGAAAGAAAAGACUUAGAUUCUGUCAGACCAGAGAGCAUGCCCAUUCCCGAUCUACGUGGGGAUCCUGGUCACAAGAAAUUACCGGAGGGUGAGGAGAAAAGCAUGGAAGACAACCUUAACCUGCUUAAUCACAGGCUGAGUGCUGAUGGUGGUAAAGACAGUAAGAGAAACUCCAAAGCAAUCAAUGAGAUGCCAGCCUUGACUAUAGAGGAAAAGAUUGAAAGGGAAAAACAAGCCAGAAUAAAGAAGCAGAAGAGAUUGCAAGGCUCAAACCUUGAGAAAAUGGGAGUAACUGUGUUUUCAAGGAAACUGAGUUUGAAAUAUACUUCUGCACAACAUACAACAUCCACUUCUUCUGUGGACUCUUCAGAUCCACAGAACAGCCAAACAAAUCAUAACCCGCAUCUACAAAGGAAAAAUCAAUCCAAAAGUGGGGAUAACAGUGUCACAACUACUCCUAGAAGCCAGAGACCUAGCUUUGGAUGCAAGAACCACACUGUAACAGCCAACAUAAUCACCAAAGAGAAGAGUACCAGAUCUCAUUCAAAUUCAUCAAAUACAACCGAAAAAGAUAAAAAUAAUAAAAAUUCUAGUCUGCAACAGAAUUACAAGAAAUCUGUACGGAACAAUGUCACAAGCACAACAGACUUUGAAAAGGAAAACUUCAAUGUAAAAGAUUCCAAGAUAACCACUGGACAGCAUGCAAAGAAAGCAUCAGACAGCAGCAGGGGACAAAACUGUGGCAAGGGAAAGUAUGAUAGAUUACUUAAGAGACUGGAGGGUAGUAUAUCAGAUGUGUUUGCUAAUAAGCUGGCAGCAGCUCCUCCAAAAGUCAAGUAAAGUUCCUAGUGCAUCAGUACUAAAUCCUAGUGCAUCUGUACUAAAUCCUAGUGCAUCAGUUCUCAUGGGUAUCAUGGUGAUAAGCUGGUAGCAGCUCUUCCAAAGUCAUCUACUAUAUGUAUAGUGCAUCAAUAGGAUUGUGCAAAAAAGCUAGAAGCAGCAGGUCAAAGGUCAAGUCCUAGUGCAUAUGUACUAAAUCCUAGUGCAUCAGUACUCAUGGGGAUCAUUACA